GCCGUGUAAGUGCCCCCGUCACUUGUGCUAUAGAUAUUAGAUUAUACCAUAUUUUUCAAAACCAAUAUGGAAGCGUUUUAUAAAAAUAAAACAAUUCUGAUGAGUGGUGCCACUGGAUUUUUAGGCAGAGUACUCAUAGAGACGAUUCUGCGUACAACGGCAGUCAAGCGCAUUUAUAUACUUGUCAGGACCAAGCGGGGAAUGGAUAUACAAGGUCGUAUUACUGAUUUGACUAGCGAUGUGAUUUUCAGCUUACUAUUGAAAACGAAACCCAAUGCCUUGGAGCGUAUAACAGCUAUAGCUGGAGACUGUGAAUUGGCUGAUCUAGGCAUUAGCGCUGGAGAUCGAAAGUUGCUUACGCAGGAAGUUAAUAUUGUAAUUCAUAGUGCUGCCACUGUUAAUUUUAUGGAUCCAUUACACUUGGCCUUGGAUAUUAAUGUACGUGGUACUAAACUGAUGGUGCAACUGGCCAAGCAGAUGACUCAUUUGGAGGCGUUUGUGCAUGUAUCGACUGCCUUCUCCAACUGCCCAAUGGGACACGUGAAUGAACAUUUCUAUCCUGGAAAUUUGACUGCUAGUUAUGACAAAGUUCUCAUGAUGAAAGAACAGCUUGGCGCCGAACUUAUAGAUGAAAUGGCACCAGUGCUGCUAAACAAGUAUCCCAAUAGUUACACUUAUACAAAGGCUCUGGCAGAGCAAGUGAUCCAAGUAGAAGCACAAAACUUGCCGAUUUGUAUAUUUCGCCCUGGCAUGAUACUUCCGAUUCAUAAGGGGCCCCAUGCGGGAUGGAUUAACAAUCUGUAUGGACCAAUUGCUUUCAUUUUGGGCGCUGCCUACGGAGUCGUCCGUUUAACGGUCAUCGAUAGGAGUGCGCGCUCUAAUAUAGUGCCAGUGGAUUAUUGUGCCAAUUUGGCGCUUGCCAGUGCUUGGCAAGCUGCGAAGGAAGCUCCACCGCGUAACCAAAAGUCCAGUGGCCUGACCACAAAUAGGGAAGCGACUAUAUAUAACCUGGUGCCAACUGAUAAAAAUGAGAUUAACUGGGAUAUGUUUUUUAAUCAAAUACAAGAUUACAAGGAGAUUUGUACAUUGCCAAAGAUGAUUUGGUAUCCUUUUACACACACAACUAACAUAUAUUGGUUAUGGUAUGUGGGUAUAAUUUUCUAUCAUAUUAUACCGGCCUACAUCGUUGACUUUGGCUUAUUAUUGACUGGCAAGAAGCCACGUUUGGUGAAGACAUAUGAAAAGAUUCACUCUAAUCUUAAACUUAUCAAACCGUUUACAAGAACCAAUUGGACAUAUGAUACGCGCAAUACGACGCGAUUAUCAAAUAGCCUAUCACAAGAGGACCGUGAACUUUAUCCUUUUGAUAUGCAAGCUAUCGACUGGACACAAUACUUUGAAGUAGCGCUUUUCGGCAUGCGAGAGCACUUAGGAAAAGAGAAACCAACUCAGGAAUCGUUUAUGAGAGGCGCAAAGCGUCUUAAGCUGUUUAAAAGGUUACAUCGAGCUUUGCAAGCUUUUCUUGUCUUUAUUGCCGGCACAAUACUCUGGCAGUUCCUUAAACUAUUCAUGUAAAAUUAAAAAUCUAAUAUAUAACGUUGUAGUUGUGAAAUAAAUUUGAGGGUAAGAGUUUUAAAAAUAGAAUACUAUUAGAAAAUA